UCCUUGUUUUUUGUUGUUGUCUCGGAGUAAAUGGCUCUUUUAUUGUAGAAGGGGAUGAGGUAGAGCAAGCAACCUCCAAGACUCUGGGAUGACGUCUCUAGAUUCUGCUCCACUGAUGAAGAAGCUCCUUAGCUUCUUUUUAUCUACUCUUUUCCUACUCACUGUCGUCAACUCUGAGACGAAUUGCCGGAACUUCAAAUCGAUCAUCAGCUUCGGCGACUCCAUUGCCGAUACUGGAAAUUUGCUCGGCCUCUCUGAUCCAAACGAUCUUCCUAAAGUAGCGUUUCCGCCGUAUGGAGAAACAUUCUUCCAUCAUCCCACCGGCCGUUUCUCAAACGGUCGCCUCAUCAUCGAUUUCAUUGCUGAAUUCUUGGGGUUUCAGCUUGUGCCACCUUUUUAUGGAUCUCAAAAUGCAAACUUUGAGCAGGGCGUUAAUUUCGCGGUCGGGGGAGCAACAGCACUUGAGCCUUCAAUUCUCCAGGAGAGAGGGAUUAACUUUGCUUACACCAAUGUUAGUUUAGGUGUUCAGCUUAAGAGCUUCAAGGAUAGUUUCCCUAACCUUUGUGGAUCCCCAACAGACUGCAGAGAUAUGAUUGAAAAUGCUUUAAUUCUCAUGGGAGAAAUUGGAGGGAAUGACUAUAAUUACCCACUCUUUCUUGGCAAACCCAUUGAAGAGAUCAGAGAGCUGGUUCCACUUGUGAUCACUACUAUUUCUUCUGCAAUCACGGAGUUGAUUGGUAUGGGGGGAAGAACAUUUCUUGUGCCAGGAGAGUUCCCGCUCGGAUGCUCAGUAAUCUACUUGACAUUAUAUAAAACAUCAAACAAGGAAGCAUAUGAUUCUUCAGGUUGUUUGAAAUGGCUGAACGAGUUUGCAGUAUACCACGACGACCAGCUACAGGCAGAACUCAACAAGCUCCGGAAGCUAUACCCUCAUGUCAACAUCAUAUACGCAGACUAUUACAAUGCCUUGUUACGCCUUUCCCAAGAACCAACCAAAUUUGGGUUCAUAGACAAACGCUUGCCUGCUUGCUGCGGUUUUGGUGGGCAAGGGAUGGAAUGUUGUAGUGAUCCAUCAAAGUAUGUGAGUUGGGACUCUGUUCAUAUGACCGAGGCUGCGUACAGAUGUAUGGCUGAGGGUGUUCUCAAGGGACCCUAUGCCAUUCCACCUUUUGAGUGGUCUUGCCUCAACCCUGAAACUAAGAACAGUGGAUCAUCUGACACAAAAAGGAUCAUUUGAUGAACCACUGAUAUAGCUUGGUCUUAAAACUGAAAGAUAGAAGGAUGGAUGGAUACUGAUAAAAAUAUGUAUGUUCUUAAGUGCCUUGUAUUGGUUCAUGUAUUGUACUAAUAGACAAUUUGUAUUCUUGUUAUGGUAAUGCGAAUAUUUCUUCAUUCUGUAA